AUGCUAUGCUACGAGUAUAUCGGAGUAGGUGAUAGUGUGCCUGGUGUUAAGAGCCGCUACGAGGCUUUGCUGCGCCUGCGUUUGCUGUGGAGCGGUGGUGACUGCGGUGCUCUUCUUGACGCUGCCGGCGGUUCAGCGCAUGCUAUGGCGAGCAUCGAUGCGUGCGACUUCGUCGAGGAGACACAGCUCAUUCGCAACUGCGUCGGCGCAUGCCUCAUGAAGGUGGCCAGGGCAGUGCUGAAGGUAACGCGGCCGCCCACGCCGGCGGCGGCAAGCAUGGCGGCGGCGGCGGUAAGCAUGGCGGUGGUGGGCAUGGCGGCGGGAAGCACGGUGGCGGCGGUGGUGGCGUUAAACAUGGCGGCGGUGGCGGCGGUGGCGGUAAGCAUGGCGGCGGCGGUGGCGGCAUGCACGGCGGGGGUAAUCAAGGCGGGGGCGGCGGUGGCGGUGGCGGUGGUGGUAGCGGUGGCGGCGGCGGUGGCGGUCACAAGAAGCAAGGUCGCGGCGGCAAGAAGUGAACUGCUGUCGCAUAACGCAGCCCCCGAGAUACGGCGGUUUUGCUUCCAAGACAGCGACCACGUGUGAAAAUAUGACCCCGCAAGACGUGAUGCAUGCCGCACGCAUCCGGCUGCCAUCUGACGAAAAGGAGUGUUACGUUUGAGCCCAACAAUGGGCUGGUCUCGGCACGUGUUUAAAAAUUAGAAGCCGCCCGGUGUAGAGUAGUACGUGGACAUACAUGCUGUGCGUAAAACGGUUGGGGCCAUGGCGAUACACAUUCACAGAGCAAGGUAAAAAGAUUGUUUCUGUGUUGCGAUCGGUCGACAGCUCACAUUUAAGAUCUUUGCACAGUAUUUUUGGAAGCUUUCUUGUUUGAGUCCCGCCCUGGUUGCCUUUUUCCGUGUGUGUAAGAGCCCGACAUAUAAAUAUGUUAUCCGACUUGGGUCCCGGGAGAGUCCUUUUUUUUCUCUAGGUGAUGACUCUCUAAUCCCCAACGUUUCCCUUCCAGCAUGUAGCGUUACUGCAUAGUCUAGUUGUAUGAGGAUUGCGGGUUAGGGAGAACGAUGCUUGCGACGUAGCAGGGGGCGGUUACAUUUUUCUUGUCGCUCGCGAACACCGGUUGCUGCUUCAAGGUGCGGGUUCCGAAGCCACCCUCUCUCGUGCUAACUGUUGAACUCGGAAAACGUUGAGCAUUAGUGAAAUCCUGUAGUGCAACGGUGCGUUAGCUACCCUAUUGUAUGAAUAAAAGACGUGGCAACGAUCGCGAUUGUUUUGGUGGGCGUUUCUUUAUUUAGGUUUUCACAGGCGACGCGCAUACACGCGAAGGUCACGACCCGAGCUAGGCUACAAGCAAUCUCAACGUCGAUGCUGCUUGAAAGUGUUGGCGCUGGGUGCGCUGUUUCGGGUUGAGCGUUUACCCGCGUCUCGCCCCCUGUCUGCAUGACUCGCGUACUAACGACGUCAUUUAGAGUUUUCAUCCAGUGUUCGCAGACUUCGGGUACGUAGAACAUCUCCACAGUGCAGUGGUUAGGCACCAUUUCGACUAGGUGAUUAGAAACUUCGUGCUACCCCCAUAUGCUGUUGUUUUUUUGUCUCCUUGUUUCAAUGGUUUUCACCCCUUCAUUCGAUGUAUCUCUUGUUUCCUAUCUCCAGUCCUGUUACAAAAUUAUCUUCUUUUAGUCUACCUAGUAUGUAUUAUGUGACACCCUU